AUGUGGUUUUGUGUUUUAACAGUGCGAAUAGACUUUCUUAGGAAAUGCAAGCAAGCUGGGCUUCUGGAUGACAUAUUUGAAGAAAUGCUGGACACACUUCACCUGGCACAGGAAAAACUGAUGGAUGACAACACUUCAGAAACAGAGUAUGAAGAGACAGUAAUGUCACUCUUUGACUGUGGACUCUUUGAAAAUAUACUGACAAAUAUUCAUUCAGGAACAGAGGAAAAAAUCCAGGAACUUCUGGAAAGCAGAAAAAGACUGGAUAACAAGAUUGAGCUACUGCAGGACUUAAAAGAAGUCGUCCUUCCUAGCCAAGAGAACACUGCCAGUACAUCUAGUACAGUGUCUGAAUAA